UUAAAUGUAUUUAAGAGCACACAAAUCUUGAGCGACCUUCUGAUGGUCAAACAUUGAUUAAAUUAUAUUAGUUUUAAUAGUGAUUACAUGUGUAUUCUAUGAACGUGUUAUCACAGUUAGUUCUAGUUAAUCGUGUAUAUUGUAUAUACUACGUUUGACUCUGGGAAAUUUCAAAGCUUGAGAAUUUAUUUAUAGUAUAAGUACCAUGUCGUAUCGAUACAAACCUCGUGGACCUUUUCUACAUUGGAUCAUGUCAUUCGCCUUCUGAUUCAGCACAAUUAGAGACGUUUCAAUUACAACGCAUAAUAUCUUUUAAUAGUUAAUGUGGUGAACGACACUAAGGGAAAAAUUAAUAUAUUGCUUUGUAUUUCAUUGUUUGUUUUUUUUUUUAUAUUAUUGGGUGGACUCUAAUCGAAGAUGAGGAAAUUACGAUCAAGUAUUUUUCAUGACAUUUAUAAUCAACCAUAUGAUGACUAUUCCAGGCAUAAGUUGUACUCUAGCAGCAAAGCUAGCUUACAACUUAUACAACGUAUGUCAUUGGUGAAAAGAUUAAAAGUUCAUAACGGUUGUGUCAAUUCUAUAUGCUGGAAUAGUACUGGUAAUAUAAUAUUAUCUGGUAGCGAUGACCAACACCUUGUGCUUACCGAUGUUUAUAAUUAUCAGGUUUUAACUCAUCAUAAAACAAGUCACAGAGCUAAUAUAUUCAGUGCCAAAUUUUUGCCAAAUAACGGUGACCACCGUAUAGUCUCAUGUAGCGGCGAUGGCAUUAUUUUAUAUACAGAUUUAAUGAGACGAACAGAAACGUUUCAUAAUCAGUUUGCAUGUCAUAGCGGUACUACCUAUGAAGUAGCCACAAUACCAGGUGAACCUCAUAGUUUCUUAAGUUGCGGGGAAGAUGGAACUGUGAGAUGGUUUGAUCUCAGAGUAAAGGAAAAAUGUAAUGUGGCAAGAUGCAGAGAGGAUGUAUUAAUUUCUUGCCAAAGAGCUGUGACUGCUUUAUCCGUUAAUCCUGUAAUGCCUCAUCAAAUUGCAAUUGGUUGCUCGGAUAGUACCGUCAGAACAUUUGACAGAAGAAUGCUUGGAACACAGGCUACAGGCUGGACAGAUAGCAGUGGAUCCGUAAGACCACUAUGCAGUUUUACAGUGCCAGAAUUUGAUGGGAAUUCUUACAGAAUAACAUCCUUAAGUUAUAGUCCAGAUGGACAAGAUGUUCUUGUUAGCUAUAGUAGCGAUCAUUUAUAUUUAUUUAGUAUGAAGGAUCAAAGUAACGUACACUUAAGAAAAGAUAUACAAAUGGGAAAAGGCAAAGGUAAGAAACAUCCAUUGAGAUCUCCUCAGCCUGUACGUCGAUUAAGAUUACGAGGAGAUUGGUCAGAUACAGGACCGGAUGCACGUCCCGAACGAGAGGGUGGUCGACGUAGCGGAACAGAAAUUGCUCAAGCAAGACCAACUUUACAUACUUCAUUGAUGCAAAGGAUGACAGAUGUCCUUAGCAGAAUGUUGAAUGAUCCAGCGACGCGUGCUGCUUUAAGUGGUGGUGGAGAAGAUAGUUUAGAAGGUGUUAUAGAUCAACAAGAAAAUAGUCAACGUAGUAACGAUAAUAGCACUGUGCCCAACGUAGAUGCUAAUCGUGAACAACAACAAAUAGAAGCAGAAACAGAAACAGACAGUGAUGUACAAGCGCAAGAACAUAUGUUGUCUCUUGAUCAAUCUGAAACUGCAAGAAACGAUGAUCAUCAAGUUUCAACUGACAUGGCAAUACAAGGUUCAUCUGUUUUAACGAAUAACUUUAAUACAGAAGAACCAAUAAACAAUGAUUUGGAUGAUAUUCAAGCGACAGAAACUCAAACUAAUUUGUUAGAAUCGAAUAAUAAUACCUCGAAUAAUUCAGCAGAAACUAGAAGCAGCGAUGGAGAGUGUGAUACAGAAGGAGAAAGUAGCAAUGCAGAGACAAGUUGUCAUAACGAUAAGAGAGAAGAAAAUAUGAUGGAAAAUCUUCAAGAUAGAUUAACGACUAUGAGAGAUGGAUUUUUAGAAAGACAUGGAAGUGAACCAGCUGUUAGUUUAACAUAUUCUGAUAAAAGUUCGACUAGGGCUACUAUAUCGUUAGGUGUAGCGAAUGAAGUUAUUCGAGAUAGUUAUCACGCAGGACCAUCUGGAAGUCAAAGUACUGAACGUCUUGAUCCAGGCCCAAGUAAUAGUUAUAAAAAACGUAUGUUAUAUAGAAGUACUCAAGAAAAGAGUGAUGACAGUGCUUAUAUUGAUAGCGACGACGAGGAUGUACCAACCCAUCAUAGAUUGGUACAUCCAGUUGAAGCUGAAAUGGAUGAAGCUAUUGCAAAUGCUCGUACGUCACAAGGCCAGGAAUCAUUCGAUGAGACAUAUUUAACAGAGCUUUGCGUUAAACAAAAAUAUACGGGCCAUCGAAAUGCCAGGACCAUGAUCAAAGAAGCCAAUUUCUGGGGAAACGACUUCGUCAUGUCGGGUAGUGAUUGUGGACAUGUAUUCGUAUGGGAAAGAGACACUGCAAAAUUAUGUAUGUUGCUCGAAGCCGAUCAACAUGUUGUUAAUUGUCUCCAACCACAUCCUUAUCUACCAAUGUUGGCUACAUCAGGAAUUGAUUAUGAUGUUAAGUUGUGGGCACCUACCAACGAAGAGUCCACUUUUGACGAGAAGUUUGCCGAAGAUUUGAAAAAGAGAAAUGCUGUUAUGUUGGAAGAAACCAAAGAUACGAUUACAGUACCUGCCGUUUUUAUGAUCAGAAUGUUGGCAUGCUUGAAUCAGAUACGCAGAGGUCGCGGCCGCAGCCGAAGGAGAAGCGGAGACGAGAAUGACGAAUUGCGAGGUGGAUAAUACGUUUUCGAAGAUCUCUCAUACAACUGUUAAAAAUUAUAAAUUCAAGCCUAAGGUAACGAUGGUAUCCAUGUACAUAUAGAACAUUUAUAUUUUUCGGCCUUUUAGAAUACCAAUUCUGGAAUAUCCAAUUCCGAAUGAAAAUAAAUAGAAUUGUGUAAAUUUUAGUCUAGGCAGUCGAAUAUUUUUAAAACUGUUUGCGAAGAAAAAUCCAACGAAAUUAAUAAAGAUAAAGGAAACGAGACGACAGAGAUUUUUUAGGUCCAUUUCUUUGCUGGUAUAAACUUUAAGUAUAACAUUUAUGUGAAUUUCAAUUCUUAGUAUAUAAUCUGUAAUACUCAUUAACGCAAAUUAAGAAUUAUUUGAAAUAGAAUUUGUGUCUGCAAUAAAAUUCAUUCUCAGAUUAUGACAUUUAAUAUAUUCGCUGUUAAUGUUUAAAAAUAAUCUGUUUCUUUUUUUUUUUAAUUAUAAUGUGAGAGACAUUUGUUUAGUACAUUCAUUGUUUAUUAAAUAUUGUAGAUAAUUUUAAUAACAGAACGAAAAGCGAAUAUGUUAAGGGAUGCUUCGUAAAAGAUAAAAUAAAAUUUUAUUGUAUCAAAUGAUUCUCUAUUUUUAAUUAGUUUGGUUUUUAUUAUCAAGUGUUAUCAGUAGCGUGUAAUUGUGUUUCACUUUGCCUUUUAGUUUUAACGAAGCAGAGAUGAUAGCAUUUACGAUAAUUAAAGGUGCGAUGUGAUCUGCUCUAUUGGAAUGUAAUUUAAAAAGAAAAAAAGGACACAAAUUAUUUAUAUAUGCUUGACAAAUAAUAUAAGCGUAGGGUACAUUUGUGCCGGUAAUUGUAAUAGUAGACUGUGAGUAAAAAAUUGAAUGAAAUUCAUUUUAUCAUUUAUUUUGUAAUAUAAAUAAUUUUAAUAUAAACUAAGUUACACAUAAUCAAUUUUAUUUUAUUUUUUGAAAUACUUUUUUUCAAGUCCAUUCUAAUUUUGGAAACUAAUUUUCUGAAGAAUAAGAAUUAAAAAAAUAUAAGAGAAGAAAUGCAAUGUUAAUCGUGAUUGUUCAUUUAGUUUGUCCAGUAGGACAAAACAAACAAUCAGGCGUGCCUUAAAAUUGGUCUUGGCUUCUUUUGCAAACCAAAAAACACAAACAUAAAAACGAAAUAGAAUAAAUGAAUUAAUAUAGCAAUCCAGUUGCGCUUCCACCUUUUAACGAUAGCACCACUUAAAGGUGUCAAAGUAGUAUUACAAGUGUAUUCAAAAUAACGAGCAUUGUAUACUUAACUAUGGAUCCAAUGUAUGUUCCGUAAUAUACAUUAAAUUGAUUUUAUAACAAACAAAAAAUAUGCCUCUUUUGCGAUGGAAGAUAUCUUGUAUACGCGUGCACAACGGAACGAAGAAAGAAAAAAUUUAUUUAAGAUUAUUAUUUAAUAUAUAUAUAAUGUGUACACGGUUUGUUUUUUCUUUUCUUUCUUUUUUUUGCAAUAAAAAAGGUGUGGAAAAAGAAUCAUUUACCUUCUCGUUGUUUGCUUCACUGGUCGUUCGAUCAUCACUGGUUUUUUAAUUAAUUCGAAUUAACUUCGAAUCGUAAGCAGAUUAACUAAUAAAUGAAUAAUAUUUUUUGUCGAUAAAGCCCACCAGCCAAGGAGGAAUCGGGGCCCUAAAUAAAAAUGUCGGCAGUAUUUCACGGAGAUGUAUUUCUUUCCUCUUUAUUUCUUUGAACAUUGGGGACAAAAGUGUUUUUUUUUUCUUUUUUUUUUCAAGUAAUCAAUCGCUUAUCCGUUUACCGUAAAUUCAUAAUAUCUGUGUUAAUAAUGAAUAGAUUAUAUUAAAUAUACCGAUGAGAGAAGAUUGAAUAAUUAAUUUUUAGUGUUAAUCGCGUUUCCUCGAGAUUAUUAUUUUAAAAUACACAUACGGUUCCUCGGUUCGUUCGAUCCUUCUGAAGCUGACAAUUUCUUUUUCUUUUCUUUUACAUCCAACGUGUUAUUUUUGUCCUUUUUUUCUCUCUCUUUCUCACACACAGACACACUACAUACAUACGUACACGUACACUCGCCGCAUACAUUUUAUUUCUUUCUCAUUCUCUCUCAUACAUUUUACAUUAUUCACGUAUUAGAAUCUUGAUCGAAGAAACAGCUCUUUUUUUGUUUUU